UCGGACCGGGCAGGCGGCGGGAGUCGGGGCGCGCGGCGCGAGGGGCGCCCCCCGCCGGCCCCUCCGGGAACAUGGCGACCGGCGGCUACCGGAGCGGCGGCAGCACCACCGACUUCCUGGAGGAGUGGAAGGCGAAGCGCGAGAAGAUGCGCGCCAAGCAGAACCCCGCCGGCUCGGGCUCGGGCGGCGGCGACCCGGCCGCCAAGUGCCCCGCGGGGCAGCCGUCCCCAACCGCGGCCGCCACCGCCGGGGGCUCGGAGCUCAGCAGCAACCACGGCCCCGCGGGCGCCGCCGCCGCCGCACCUGCCGCCCCCGGGCCCAGCGCCCUGAACUGCGCUCUCGGUGCCUCCGCGUCUGCGCUGCCCCGCUCGGCUCCCGGCUCCCGGCGGCCCGAGGAUGAGUGCUCGACCUCGGCUGCAGCCGCCGGGGCGCCGGCGUCCCGGGGCGGCGAGGAGGAGUCGGACGGAGCCCCGGAGAAGGGGCGCAGCUCGGGCCCGAGCGCCAGGAAAGGCAAGGGGCAGAUCGAGAAGAGGAAGCUGCGUGAGAAACGGCGCUCCACCGGAGUGGUCAACAUCCCCGCAGCGGAGUGCUUAGAUGAGUACGAAGAUGAUGAAGCCGGACAGAAAGAACGGAAGCGAGAAGAUGCCAUCACACAGCAGAACACCAUCCAGAACGAAGCCGCCAGCCUCUUGGAUCCAGGCACUUCCUACCUGUCCCAGGACCCUUCAAGAACAGUUCCAGGCAGAUACAAAAGCACAACCACAGCCUCGGAAGACGAUGUCUCAAGUAGGUACCCCCGACCAGACAGAAGUGGCUUCAACAGACACAACAGAGACGCAAAUGCUGCAGGGAAUUUCGCCUCCAGUAGCGCACUGGAGAAGAGAAUUGAAGAUCUCGAGAAGGAAGUAGUAAGAGAAAGGCAAGAAAACCUUAGGCUCAUGAGACUCAUGCAAGAUAAAGAAGAAAUGAUCGGAAAACUCAAGGAAGAGAUUGAUUUGUUAAAUAGAGACCUAGAUGACAUAGAAGAUGAAAAUGAACAAUUAAAGCAAGAAAAUAAAACUCUUUUGAAAGUUGUGGGACAGCUGACGAGGUAGAAGACCCAAGAUUCUGUGUGGAGUACGCUGUUUUUAAACUACUGAUUGUGAAUGUCAUGGCUAAGGCAAAGAUGAUGUUCCUGUGAUGCAAUACAUUGAGAUAACUGUAUAUUUAUUUCCAGACACCAGAUGGAUAUUGGUUUUCAAAAUUAACGCUUUUCCCCUAUUAGUUUUAAAAAGGCAUCAGCCUUGUAUUUCACAAAUGAUAGUUAAUACAUUAGUUAUCAAAUGAUACAGGUAACGCCUCUUGGUUUUGUGUGUGAUAUCUCAGUAAUCUUUGGUUCAGAGUAACAGCCAUUUGCAUAUAUUUUAUCUCUGUCAGUACAUAUUCUCCCUAAAGGAAUAAGCACAGUCUUUGUUU